AUCACCUACACUGUAGUAGGAAGUCUAGAGAGCUUACUUUGCACAGAUCACCAGACCCAUUACAGGUAUAGGUGUUAUCAGAAGCUUGAGUUCUUCAUUAUAAGCAAAUGAAGAAUGAGGUACAGGAUGCUCAGUGCUGUGAAGUUCAGCAUUGACUACAGUUAUACUAACUAAUGGAAUGUGAGACAGAGCUGAAAACAUUGUGGCAAAAAAACCUCUGGAUGGCAGGAGUUGAUUAAGCUGUGUCAUGUGACAAUGGCAGGAAACGUAAACAUGUGAGUCCUACACAUGAAACUUCAGAAUUAAAGCUCCAGUUCCCAGGAGCUUGCAUUCUCCCAUGCAAGAUGUCUAAAGUGGUACAUGUGAUUGUAUACAGGAACUGGAAAGGAUGUGAUAAACCAACAUAUGGGCAGUAAAGAAGCACAUGCUGACAGCAGCUUUUGGAUACCCUGACAAUGUGCAUUGUGAUGUCAGAGGGGGGAUGCACCAGAGCACAGAAUUUGCAGAGGGAGUGGACGGAGCUGCCUACUUUUUGCUAUUGGACGAACAGCAAUGCAAAAUUACGAAGUUGGGCAGUAGCAUGCAGCCAGAUGAAGGCUCAGAGUGGCUUCUGGAGCUCCUGAGCGAGGUGCAGCUGCAGCAAUAUUUUCUGCGCAUCCGUGAUGACCUCAAUAUCACGCGGCUCUCUCACUUUGACUAUGUCAAGAAUGAAGACCUGGAGAAGAUCGGAAUGGGCCGGCCAGGCCAGAGACGGCUUUGGGAGGCAGUAAAGAGGAGAAAGGCUAUGUGCAAGCGCAAGUCUUGGAUGAGUAAGGUAUUCAGUGGAAAGCGCUUAGACUCAGAAUUCACCCCUCAACCUCAGAGUACUUUUCGCAAGCCCCCCAGCCCACCCCCCCCUGAAGGCCAGCAAGCCCUGACCUGCCUUAUAAGUGAGAAGGACUUAUCCCUGUUGGAGAAGCUGGGGGAUGGCUCUUUUGGAGUUGUAAGAAGAGGGGAGUGGAACACUUCCAUCGGCAGCGUGAUCAAUGUGGCAGUGAAAUGUUUAAAGACAGAAGUGCUGACGCAGCCUGAUGCACUGGAUGAUUUUAUCCGAGAAGUGAACGCAAUGCAUUCGCUCGACCAUGUCAAUCUCAUUCGGCUGUAUGGGGUGGUGCUCACACACCCUAUGAAGAUGGUCACAGAAUUAGCUCCAUUGGGUUCUCUCCUUGACCGCCUGCGGAAAAAUCUAGGUCACUUUUUGAUCUCCACGCUUUGCCAUUAUGCCAUCCAGAUUGCUAAUGGCAUGGCCUACCUGGAAUCCAAGCGCUUCAUCCAUCGAGACUUAGCAGCCAGAAACAUUCUUCUUUCCUCUAAUGACUUAGUGAAAAUUGGGGACUUUGGCCUGAUGAGAGCCCUGCCCAAGAAUGAUGAUCAUUACGUCAUGCAAGAGCACCGCAAGGUUCCUUUUGCUUGGUGUGCUCCAGAGAGCUUAAAGACUCGCACCUUUUCACACGCCAGUGACACGUGGAUGUUUGGAGUGACACUUUGGGAAAUGUUCACGUACGGACAAGAGCCGUGGAUCGGCCUUAAUGGAAGCCAGAUUCUUCAUAAGAUUGAUAAGGAGGGUGAGCGAUUGCCACGGCCUGAGGAUAGCCCACAAGAUAUCUAUAAUGUCAUGCUGCAGUGUUGGGCUCACAAACCUGAGGACAGACCAACUUUUGUAGCUCUCAGAGACUUCCUGGUGGAGGCUCAGCCCACAGAUAUGCGAGCACUUCAGGAUUUCCAGGAGCCAGAUAAGCUGCACAUUCAGAUAAACAAUGUCAUCACUGUCAUCGAGGGCAGGGCUGAAAACUAUUGGUGGAGAGGACAGAACAAGAGUACACUGAAGGUGGGACAGUUCCCUCGCAAUGCAGUGACAUCAGUGGCUGGUCUGUCUGCCCAUGAUAUCAGCCGACCUCUUAAAAACAGCUUUAUCCACACUGGUCAUGGAGACACUGUUCUUGCACACUGCUGGGGCUACCCAGACCGGAUUGAUGAGCUGUACCUGGGAAAUCCCAUGGAUCCACCUGACAUACUAGGACUUGAUCAAGGCACCACCAGACCCACACAGCUCCCAGGAAGGGCAAAAAGGGAGCCACCACCUCGCCCUCCUCAGCCGGCUUUUAUGGUUAAGCAACCUCAAUAUAAUCCUGUCAACGGGGAGGACGAUUCCCUUACGUCUGGAAUUAAAAAACUCUGUCUCAAGAAACCAACACCGGCUAAAGGACUCAAACUUGUCAAACCUUCUUUACGGGUGGUUGGUACAAAAGCAUCUGAUCGGCAGAUACUUGGAAUAAAAAGCAAUAGUUUUUCAUCAGGAGACUUUGCACUUAUUGACUUUGAAGAGGAGGUUAGUCCACUCAGCCCAAGCUUUGUUUCUCCUGCAAUUGAACAAACUGCUCCAUCUUUAGCAAAAUUGGCCAUGGAGGCAUUCUCAUUGCUGGAUAAAACACCUCCCCAGAGCCCCUCCCGAUCCCUUCCUCGCCCUCUCCAUCCAACUCCUGUAGUCGAUUGGGAUUCCAGGCCACUGCCUGCACCUCCAGCAUAUGAUGAGGUUGCACAAGAUGAAGAUGAUUUUGAAGUGUGUUCUAUUAAUAGUUCUGAUGUUCUAAUAGCACAGAGAGAGAAAGUCAGUAAGAACCUGCUACAAAAGACUAAGGAAAAGGGAGAGACAAAUUAUGGCUAUGAUCAAGAAACUGAGUGGGCACAGGGUCGAGGCAAAGUGGAGGACAAUCUCUUCUUGCCACCAAAAGAAGCCAAGCAGCCCAAUUUCUCACAGACAUCAGAGAUCUUUGAGGAGCUUCAACAAGAGUGCAUGAAAAAGCUAAAUGUUCCUGUAUCCUGCUCACUAGCAUCCACACCAAGCCCAAGUUUAUCUAUGGUCAGUAUUGAUGUAACAAUAUCAGAGGAUAAACCUCAAAUCCCUCCCCGUAUUCCAAUUCCUCCAAGGCCUAGCCGUCGUAAUGAACAUGAACGCUGGUCUGGUGAGCUUUCUCCAGCCUUUGGGGGAGAGGAGGUUGGAAGGCCACCUCUUCUUCCUCCAAGAGAUCCUUUAUCUCAGCCCACUUCUAGGACUCCUAGCCCCAUGGCUUUUCACGUGGGAUCCCCCCAGCAGAGGUCCAACCUCUGCUCUCCCUUGUCCAUUGGUUCCUACCUUUCUACAUCUCCUGGAAAACCGAUGCCCACCACCCAAAGUUUUGCUUCUGACCCUAAGUAUGCUACUCCAAAGGUUAUUCAGUCACAAGGAAAAGAUGCAUCCAAAGGCCCUUGCAUCUUACCAAUUGUGAAAGAUGGCAAGAAGGUCAGCAACACACACUACUACCUUCUACCAGAAAGGCCUUCCUAUUUGGACAAGUAUGAAAAGUUUUUUAAGGAGGCACAGCAACCACAGGAGACUUCAGUAACCAGAAGUAUCACCACUGCAACUGUAAAGCCUAUGGUGCAACAGACAGACUAUAAAGCUAAUUUUUCAUCAAACAACAGCAACUGCUCAUCCAAAAGUGGUGUGAAAACCUCCUGCAGCUUACAAAAGAUUGUUUACGAUGGGCCAGAUUGCUUCACUCUGCCAGAAAAGAUUAGACUAGUUCAGGAUAUGGUCCAUGGGGUGACCACAGAGGAAUGCCAGGCAGCCUUACAGAACCAUGGCUGGAAUGUUCAAAAAGCUAUCCAGUAUCUGAAGGUUGAACAGCUGUUUUGCCUCGGAUUGAAGACCCGAGUAGAGUGCUACAAAGUGCUGGAGAUGUUUGACUGGAAUCUUGAGGCUGCUAGUUCCCAUCUACUGGACUCAUACAGUUGUACACAACAAAAACGAUGAUGCAGUGCCCCUGAAGAGUGCAUAUACUUUAGACAACCUACCUAUACAACGAAAAACCUACCUGGAAGCAUCUCGUCUAAAUAUUCAGCAAAUAAAUGGGUCAUUUUGAAACUGAACCCAUAUAGGAACCUCUGCAGUGUCGUCUGCACCCUUGACAAAUCUACUGUUAAAAACCAACCCAGUGUUCUACUACGUGGACUUUUAUUAAUGUUGCAUUUUCUCUUUUAAUGUGUUUUUUUUCCUGCCCUGUUGUUCAUUUGGGCAACUUUUUUUUAUAAAGAAGAUAUGUAAUUUUAAUAUAUACAUAAAUAACUAUAUAUAUAUAUGAAAAUAUAAAUAUAAGAUAAAGUUUAUUUGAAAAAAAAAAUAUUGAUGUUCAGAAGUUUAAAUUCUUAUCUGUUUGUUUUGAUUUUUUUAAAUUUUAGUAGGGUAUUACCUCACAGCAACUGCAAACAGCAUUCAAAUGACAGUAAUGAAAACCGUCACUCCCAGAUACACAAACUCAAGAUGGAAACAUCAUGCAUGGUGGCUGAACCAUACAAAUUUGUGAGAGAAAAAGGCUGGAAGCUGCAUAGUUAAAAAAAUAUUCUUAGGGUUUCGCACUCAGUGAGCGUUUAGUCAGAGCACAAAAAUGUGUUAGAAUACCAUGGUCACUGACCAUAUCAUUUUAAUUUUUGUAUUUAUAAAGUUUUUUUUCCCCAAUUA